ACAUGGAAGUCAUAAAAGAUAGAGGUGAGUGAAGAGGAGAGGUCACGUGAGAAAAACCGAACAGAGAGCUUUUUUAUUCACCACACAUGCCUCCUUUUAGUCUUUGCCAAUUGGCCAACAACAAUCAAUGGCAAUCUCGUAAAUUUUCCAAUUUUCAAUUUCCACUGUCCUCGGUCUCAUCGUCGUCGACAAAUACAAACACCAAUCCUUGAUUCUCUCCUACAAACACAAAAACCCUUUGAUUCUUUUCCCAAAAUAACCAUUACCCAUCUCUCAAUUUUCGAAAUUUACUCAGAAAUGUUGAAGCUUUCGUGUAAUGUAACUGACCACGUACACAACUUUUUCUCCGAUUCUCGCCGGAUUUUUGUUCCGGUGCAUCGCCGUACCGGACCCAUCUCUUGUUUUCAGUUAAAGAAGGAACCUUUACGGGCAAUUCUCUCUGCUGAUCAUGGAAACAGCAGCCUCCGUGUUACUGAUUUUGUUUCCGUUACUUCUCCGGCGGAUCGUCUCCGAUUUGGUCGAUUGAUGGAAGAUGGGUUUUCUUAUAAGGAGAAGUUCAUUGUUAGAAGCUAUGAAGUUGGGAUUAACAAAACUGCCACUGUUGAAACAAUUGCUAAUCUUUUGCAGGAAGUGGCAUGUAAUCAUGUUCAGAAAGUUGGAUUUUCGACUGAUGGGUUUGCUACAACACUUACUAUGAGGAAAUUGCAUCUCAUUUGGGUUACUGCAAGAAUGCACAUUGAGAUUUACAAGUAUCCAGCUUGGAGUGAUGUGGUUGAGAUUGAGACUUGGUGUCAGAGUGAAGGAAGGAUUGGAACUAGACGUGAUUGGAUUUUGAAAGAUUGUGCGACCGGUGAAGUUAUCGGGCGUGCUACAAGCAAGUGGGUGAUGAUGAACCAAGACACAAGGCGGCUUCAAAGAGUUACAGAUGAAGUUCGGGACGAGUACUUGGUUUUCUGUCCUCGAGAGCCUAGACUAGCGUUUCCAGAGGAGAACAAUAGCAGCUUAAAGAAAAUCCCGAAACUGGAAGAUCCAGCUCAGUAUUCUAUGCUUGGGCUUAAGCCUAGACGAGCUGACCUAGACAUGAACCAGCAUGUGAAUAAUGUUACCUACAUUGGAUGGGUCCUUGAGAGCAUACCGCAAGAAAUUAUAGACACGCACGAGCUUAAAGUUAUAACUCUAGAUUACAGAAGAGAAUGCCAGCAAGAUGACAUUGUAGAUUCACUUACCACCUCUGAAACCCCCAAUGAGGCGGUGUCAAAGCUUACUGGGACCAACGGAUCUACCACGUCAAGCAAACAAGAACACACUGAGAGCCAAUUCUUGCAUAUCUUGAGGUUGUCAGAAAAUGGUCAGGAGAUCAACCGUGGGAGAACCCAAUGGCGAAAGAAGUCCUCAAGAUGAGUUUCUUUACUCGUCUCUUGUCUCAGUGAAGUUAUUUUGCUUCACGUUUGUAGUUGUAUUGUGUAUCCAUUGAUCAGAUCUCUUUUUGGGGUUAGAAGAAAUUGAAUUAUUGGUGUAGUGUUACUAUGUUUGCAUGUCUGUUUCGUUCGUUUUCUGUCCAAAUUUUGGGCUUUAAGCCAAAACAUUUCUUAGGUCUUUAUCUUUCGCUGCUUGUAUCUUA